AUGAUAUACACCAAAGACGCGGACCUCCUCCGCGACGAUGCCCGACAUCGCGGCACAAAGCUCACAGCGGCCGAACGCGAGAAGCUCGUGAAGCCGUACCUCCCCCCCCAACGCCUGCAGCACAAGAAACAGAAACCCAAGCCCAAGCCCAUACGCAAAUUCCUCAAGUCGCAAGUCUACCGCGUCAUCUAUGUCCUCAUCCAUCUCUGCCUGGGCUUCUACAUGCGCAUUUCGCAGACCAUCGCCGCCGUGACAGACCGCAUCCUGGCCAUCACAUACCACCACCACCGCACGCCAGAGCUGAUCCAGAAGGACGUCAAGAGCCUGUCCCGUCUGCCGGAGCAUCUGAGCGUGCUGCUGAAGCUGCGCAAGGACGAGGACGCAUUGCACACGCUGCUGGACGAGACUGCCGAAUUGGCGGCGUGGACGACGUGUGCUGGGAUUCCGGUGUUGAGUGUGUAUGAACGAACAGGGAUACUGAAAUCAUGCAUUCCGGCCCUCCACAGCGCCGUUGCAGAUAAAUUCGCGCUCUACUAUGGCUCCCCAGCUAACCAACCACACCUGCGCAUCCUCGCUCCUCACCAUGGCGCAUACUGUCCUUCUCUAUCCGAUCCUUCUGCUACCAAAAAGCCCAAACCAGGCUCUCUCACGAUCCUCCUCCUCUCCUCGGCAGACGGCCGCGAGACGCUCGUCGAUCUGACCAAAACGCUAACUGAAAUGGCCCAAAACGGCAAAUUGUCACCGGACGACAUCAGCACGAAGCUGAUUGACGCGGAAAUCACCGACAUCACCUCGCAGCCCUCGGAGUCAGCUCCGCCUCUCGACCUCAAUAAUGAAAAGACGGUCACGAUGCUGCCAUCCGAUCUCUUUCACCCUGUUAAAUCGGAGCCUGAUCUGCUGAUUAUUUUCGGCCCGUGUGUCAAACUCGACGGUUAUCCGCCGUGGCAGGUCCGGUUGACCGAGAUUUUCUGUACGGGGGACAAGACGAGUAGUAUUGCGGGGGGUAGUGAUGAGGAGACGGUCGAGUAUCAGGGGUUUCUCCGUGGUCUGUGGCGGUAUGCGAGGGCGUCGUUUAGGUUUGGUCGGUAA